AUGUCUUUUGAAGAUGUUCUUCCUUCUAUGAGACCGAGGUACAACUAUGAAGGAAUCGAGCAAUGUAUUAGGAUGGUGGAUCAAGAGGCAGAGCGACAGGAGCGCGAGGAAUCUGAAGGCUUAUCCAACCCUUAUAUCAUCAUGGAUAUUGAUGAAGACUCCUUCAUUGAGUGCUUUGUGAAUUCCGGAGAGAGUAUUCGUAGACACUCAUGGGAGCUUUAUGACCAUGCCUCUCAGUCCACGCUUUUAAAAAUCUAUGAGUCGGCGAUCCACGCAGUCGCUGGUGGAGCGUUUGAGACCAUCUUCUCGGCUUGGACUCGCAAAGUCGACGAUACUCUUAUAUUGUCUACAAGAGCAAGCGCUGUCCGCGGAGAUACAUGGACCAAGAAAGCAGAUAUUUCCUGGACGCUGAUCGACCCAUCAGGCAGACCCUGCAAGUGGCCAACUUUCGUUGGCGAAGUGGCAUGGUCGGAACAACGACGGAAACUCCUACGGGAUAUCGAAUUUUGGCUCAAUGACUCCAACGGUGAAGUCAAGAUCGCGAUCACAAUCACUAUUCAUGCUCGUGGCCGAACUACAGUAUCAUCGAACAGCGAGAAAGAGAUCCAAGGCAUAAAACUUCGGUUUCCUGCUCAAAAGAUCAAAAUCAUCCGCAAACCCGCGCCAAACUGCCCCAGAAUCAAUGGACAGCUUAAGCUGCAACUUCACGACAUUUUUCUUCGCGAGAAAACUGGCUCAGAGGUCGAUUUUGUUCUUACCGAAAGGGACAUGGAACGGAUUGCGCGCAGCGUAUGGGCUUUCCAGUUCAACUCUUUUGCAGAAAUUUCCCCAUCCUCCUAG